UUGUCCCCCGCCUCCUCUCCGCCCCCCCGGGCCCCCGCCUCCUCUGUGUCCGGCCCUUUAAGGCUUGGCCUACGUGGCAGGCCGGGGAGUAGCAGCUGCUGUCCUGGGAGGAGGGGCGACACUCUGCCCGACACCGGUGUUCUGAUCAUGGGCAACAACGACAUGAUGGGCACCGCCGAGGACUUCGCGGACCAGUUCCUGCGGGUCACGAAGCAGUACCUACCGCACGUCGCUCGUCUUUGUCUCAUCAGCACGUUCCUGGAAGAUGGCAUCCGCAUGUGGUUCCAGUGGAGCGAGCAGAGAGAUUACAUAGAGGCCACCUGGAGCUGCGGCUACGUGUUGGCGACCAUCUUUGUCCUUAUUAACUUAAUAGGGCAACUGGGUGGCUGCAUACUGGUUCUGAGUCGGAACUUCGUACAAUACGCCUGCUUUGGUUUGUUUGGAAUCAUAGCAAUGCAGACUAUUGCCUAUAGUAUCCUGUGGGACCUGAAGUUUUUAAUGAGGAACCUGGCUCUAGGAGGAGGACUCUUACUACUUUUGGCGGAGUCUCGGUCGGAAGGAAAGAGUAUGUUUGCGGGAGUGCCCACCAUGGGCGAAAGUUCUCCAAAGCAGUACAUGCAGCUCGGGGGGCGCGUGCUGCUCGUCCUCAUGUUUAUGACCCUGCUGCACUUUGAUGCCAGCUUCUUAUCUAUUCUACAGAACAUCGUGGGCACGGCCUUGAUCAUCCUGGUGGCGAUCGGCUUCAAGACCAAGUUGGCGGCCCUGACUCUGGUGGUUUGGCUCUUCGCCAUGAACGUCUACUUCAACGCUUUCUGGAGCAUCCCAGCCUACAAGCCCAUGCACGACUUCCUAAAAUACGACUUCUUUCAGACCAUGUCGGUCAUCGGCGGACUCCUCCUAGUGGUGGCCUUGGGACCUGGUGGGGUGUCCAUGGACGAAAAGAAAAAGGAGUGGUAGUUUGUGACCAUACCUCACGUGGAAUCAUGUAGAAUGGAUGAAGUAGAGUCCUGCUACAACAUCUCCCCCUCUCCCCGCAACCCCCAAAGUCUCAUUUUCAUUAUUAUUAUUUUUUUUCUUCUAUCCCUCGAAUCUCGCCACCGGAGUUCUGCAGCGUGGCAAUAGUACCGCGCCAGUGCACUGUAGGAACAAUCACCCCCCCCCCCACCAUCAUGGUUGCACCAGCUGGUUGGACCUGAAUUGAGCCUGGUUCAGAAAAUGUUACAAGACUCUGUCCCAAGCGGAAUGCAGUAUAUUGAUUGUCGGGAGGCGUUUUAUUCCGCUCUCUGCUUUACGUUUUUUUUUUUUUUUUUAUCUAUAAUUUUCAUGUAACGUUCAGAACCAGACGCCGGUGCGGCAAACGCAAGGCCUCUGGCUCUGAAGCCGAUUUCACCUAACCCCGAACCAGGGGUCUGUAUGUGCAGUACUGGGAUGGGAAACGUGGUUUUUUUUUUUCCUGUUUAGAGUGAAGUUCUCUGGUUAAAUAUUUAAUACUGUAUCUGCCAGGUGAUGGCGCUGUGUGUAAUUUUUUUAUUUUAUUUUUUCCUGGACUCUGCAUGACACCUCAUCUCUGGUCGAUUUGAAGCGUCUGUGCUGUGACGUCACAUCUCGAAGGGACACAAAGUCUAACGUAUAGUCUUAUCCUCUGCAUUCGGAUGCGAUCUAGCUUCCCUGUUAGCGGCCAUUUUUCUACCAGUGAAUAAGCCGGCGUUGUGGGAUGACUGAUGGCAAGCCCAGAAUUUCUGCCCCCCUUUUUAAUUCACAAUACAUGUACGUUGGUAGAAGUAUUUUUUUUUUUUUUUUUUUUAAGGUUUACCGGCCCUUUUAAAACCAUCGAUCAUCUAUUACUAACAAGCACCUUGGUUAGAAGUGGCCAAAAAAACUCCUUUGGACUCUGACCGCAUGUAUCAGUUACUAAAACCAAAUUCCUUGCAUAGCGUUGUCUAGCACCUUCACGGUUGUCUUUUUAUUGUCCCUGUUGUUCUCGACAUUUUUGGCCAAAUAUGAAACCAGUCUGAAUUCUUAUGUUUCCUCUGUUUCCUUUUAUUGAUAUACAACCUGCCCCCCUGGCUGUCCAUAACAUAAGACCCUUUGUAUUGUACAUCUGAGCCAAUGUCUAAAUUUAUUUUAUUUUUAAAUUUUUUUUUUUUUU